GAAACCAACCUCGCUAGGCUAGCUAACCACAAGAAAGAUCGCGCGCUGCGAGAGGCGCCGGCCAUGAGUUCCUGCGUCGCCCCCCGCGUUCUCAUCGUGUCGCGUCGCACUGUCCGCAAGAACAAGUUCGUCGACUUCGUCGGUGAGUACCACCUGGACCUCAUCGUGGGCUACGGCGCGGUGCCGGUGAUCGUGCCGCGCGUGGCGGGCGUGGACGCGCUGCUGGACUCAUUCGAGCCCAUCCACGGCGUGCUCCUCUGCGAGGGCGAGGACGUCGACCCGUCCCUUUACGAGUCCGCUGACGACGCCGACGGCUCGCUCUCUCCGGAGCAGCUGGAGGCCAUGCGGCGCCUGCACCCGAGCGACGUGGCCAUCGACCGCGAGAAGGACUCCAUCGAGCUCCGCCUCGCGCGCCGCUGCCUCGAGCGCAACAUCCCCUACCUCGGCAUCUGCCGCGGCUCGCAGGUUCUCAACGUCGCCUGCGGCGGGUCGCUGUACCAGGACCUGGAGCACGAACUGGUUCGGCCCGCCGCGCAGGUCCAGCACAUCAACUACGGCGACUACGACGGGCACCGCCACCCGGUGCGCGUCCUGUCCGGCACGCCGCUGCACGAGUGGUUCGCGCGCGAUCUCGCUGACGGCGCGCAGUUGAUGGUGAACAGCUACCACCACCAGGGCGUGCGGCGGCUGGCGCAGCGGUUCGUGCCCAUGGCGAUCGCACCGGACGGGCUCGUCGAGGGGUUCUACGACCCGGACACGUACAACCCCGGCGAGGGCAGGUUCAUCGUGGGCCUCCAGUUCCACCCGGAGCGCAUGCGCAAGCCCGGCUCCGACGAGUUCGACUACCCCGGCUGCGCCAGGGCGUACCAGGAGUUCGUCCGCGCCGUGGUCGCGUACCAGGAGAAGACGGCGGCUCCGCCGCACCUGCCCCUCAGCGCACCCCUCCCCGCGUCACCGAAGCUGAGCAAGGAGAUGAUGAGGCGGCGCAAGGUCAUCCCCCGGAGCUUCUCGCUCGCCAUGGACAUGUACCUAUCCGGCAGCCACACCAAGCCGGCGGAGAAGCGCGACCACGAAGCCGGCGCCGAGUUCCUCGAGUCGAACACGGCGUCGGUGAGCGCGUGGCAGGAGAAGCGGCUGAAGCAGAUGGGCGCCACGGCGCGGAACGCGUCGGGGUACCUCAACAGCGUCAAGGUGAACGGCGUACGCGAGGCGGCGGCGCGGGCACUCAUGGCGGAGAUGAGCGUGAACCAGCUGUCCGACCUCGCCACCUUCUACCAAACCAUGGGCAAGAUCUGCUCUGAGGUGCUUGACACCAAGCUGCAGGGUUAGCACCCGAAAAUGAAUCUGCAGAAUGAAGACUGAGCGUGAAGUAUAGCAAAUACAUGAUGUUAUUGGACGAUAAAUCAAUGUUGUUAAGCCAAAUGUUGUUAAGCCAAAUGGCUAUUGUUAUUGGACGAUAACUUUAGUCGUGGAUACUAGUUAGAAGUAUUAAAUAUAGUCUAAUUAUAAAACUAAUUAUAUAGAUUAGGACUAAACGAUAAGACAGAUCUAUUAAACCUUAUUAGUCCAU